AUGGCUAAUCUAAAUCUCAAAGAGAUGGCUGCACCAACCAUUGACCAACAACCUUUAUGCAUUCAAUACAAUGAUACGACAAGGGGAGCUUUUGAGCUUAAAUCUAGGACGAUUCAUCUUCUACCAAUUUUCAGAGGUUUAGCGGGAGAGGAUCCAAACAAGCACCUUAAGGAGUUCCAUGUGGUGUGCUCGAGUAUGAAACCAAAUGGAACAACUGAGGAACAAGUGAAGUUAAGGGCGUUCCCAUUUUCUUUAGCAAAUAGCGCUAAGGAAUGGCUUUAUUACCUACCAUCCGAGACCAUAACUACUUGGAAUGAGAUGAAGAGGUUGUUCCUGGAGAAGUAUUUUCCAGCAUCUCGAGCCACACUCAUUAGGAAAGAAAUUUGUGGGAUUCGGCAAUACAAUGGGGAAAACUUAUAUGAAUAUUGGGAAAGGUUUAAGAAAUUGUGUGCUAGCUGUCCGCAUCAUCAAAUAAGUGAGCAAUUACUUCUCCAAUAUUUUUAUGAGGGAUUGAUGCCAAUGGAGAGGAGCAUGAUAGAUGCAGCAAGUGGAGGAGCGUUAGUUGAUAAAACUCCUACAGAAGCAAGGAACUUAAUUGCAACCAUGGCGGCAAACUCUCAACAAUUUGGUACUCGAUCCGAUCCACCACCAAGGAAGGUAAAUGAAGUGGGGAUAUCCAAUAAUCUUGAGCAACAAUUGAAUAAUUUGACUGCACUUGUGCAACAAAUUGCAAUUGGACAAGUGAAGACAUGUGGAAUUUGCUCCAAUGUGGGACAUCCUACCGAUAUGUGUCCUACCCUUCAAGAGACAAAUGCAAAACAAGCAAAUGCCAUGGGAGGAUACCAAGGACAACAAAGGCAAAGGUAUGAUCCAUUUUCCAAUACCUAUAAUCCAGGAUGGACGGAUCACCUUAAUCUUAGCUAUGGAGGAAAUCAACAAGCUGUUGUCACUAAUAAUCCACCUGGUUUCCCUUACCCACCAGCUCCACAACCGUACCAAGCAAGACCCCAAAAUGUUUCCCAACCUCAAGGUAAGUCUUUGGAGGACUUGGUAAACUCAUUAGCAACUAGCUCUCUUCAAUUUCAGCAAGAGAAUCUCAAGUUCCAACAAGAAACAAAAAUGUCAAUCAAGAAUUUGGAAAGCCAAGUUAGUCAAUUGGCUACUACUCUUGGAAGAUUAGAUGUGCAUGGGUCCGGAAAGCUUCCUUCCCAACCUUUGGUUAACCCUAGGGAGAAUGCUAGUGCCAUUACUUUGAGAAGUGGUAGACAACUUGAGAAGACUCACAAGAAGCCAAAUGAUGAGAGAGAAGUUGGAGAUGAGUUGAUUCAAGGUGGAACAAAGCAGCCUAAAAGUGCAGAAAAUUUGCCAACCGAUUCUUCUAAUGCAAAACAUCCACCAAAGGAGGAACAUGAACAAGAAAUUUUGGACACUUUUAGAAAAGUACAUGUCAACAUUCCUUUGUUGGAUGCCAUAAAGCAAGUGUCGUGUUAUGCGAAAUUUCUUAAAGAAUUGUGCACCAACAAGAGAAAACUUAAGGGAAAUGAGGUGGUGAGCAUGGGAGAAAAUGUCUCAGCGGUUUUGCAAAGGAAGCUUCCAACAAAGUGCAAAGAUCCAUGUAGUUUCACCAUACCAUGCAUCAUAGGCAACACAAGGUUUGAGAAAGCAAUGUUAGACUUAGGUGCUUCUAUUAAUGUCACUUACUCAAUUUAUCUUGAUUUAAAUCUUGGUACUCUUAAAGAGACCGGCGUAGUUAUUCAACUCAUUGAUUGAUCUAAUGCCUAUCCAAAGGGGGUUGUGGAAGAUGUUUUGGUGCAGGUAAAUGAGCUUUUUUUUCCAGUGGAUUUCUACGUGCUUGACAUGAAAGAUGAAACAACUGUGAAAACCACGCCAAUUCUUUUGGGAAGACCAUUCAUGAAAACAGCCUGUACGAAAAUAUAUGUGCAUAAUGGGACGUACAUGGAGUUUGAUGAGGAAGUAAUUCAAUUUAACAUCUUUGACGCAAUGAGGUAUCCUAAUGAUGACAAUGAUUGCUUUUCCAUUGAUGUACUUUACUCUUUAACAUAG